AUGUUUUACAAGCUUUUGUUAGUUUUGAUAUUCUUGAUUGGGCUACGAUGGGAUUUGGUGAAAAGUCAGGGUCCAAAUCCAUAUCUACCGCCGUACGGUUGCAAUAAUUUUGGCUCGUGCAAGAAAGCUGGGAUUGCUUGGACCGGGAUUGUACCGUCAACAGAUUACUACUAUUGCACGUCGUCGAUCUAUUGUCUAUGCAAUAAUGGAACCUCUGGCGAUAAUUGUACACAAGUUGAUGAUAUGUGUGCCUGCAAUCCGUGUACUUCUGGAAUUUGCCAAGCGGGGAUUGGUACAUACUCUUGUGUUUGCCCGGCCAAUUUCACUGGAGAUGAUUGCGAAAUGGAGAUCGAUUCACCGUGCGCAUCAAGCCCAUGCUUGAAUGGUGGUGAGUGUUCGUUGAAUGGAACCACAUACGAGUGCCAAUGCUCGGAUCCUUGGGUUGGAGAUCGAUGCCAGUAUAUUAACACAUGUCUCCAAAAUCCGUGCGUAAAUGGUGGAGUUUGUCAGGGAUUGGACGGUCUAACAAAGGUUGACUUGGGAGAUGCGCCAACGCUUGACGCUUGCAAACAAGCUUUCUCCGAUGCAGUCUCUGGUGGCGCAAACUAUCAGUAUUUCACAAUCAUGGGCUCCGGUUGUUGGCUCUCAAAGGAUAAACCCUCACAGAAGGGCUCAAACAAGGAUCAAUGCAAUGCGAAAUGCAAAGAAUCGGCCUCGAUAGGGAAUCAAAUUUCUGGAUAUGAUGGAGACGAUCAGAUUUGUGGGAAACAGGAUAUGUUUGGGAAAUAUGCGCACAGUUACUCUUAUACAUCAACAAGUGAGCCACAGCAAUGCCCGAAUCUCGAUUGCUCACCCGGCGUUUGCAUUGAGUACAAUAAUUUUGCGAAUUGUUCGUGCCCUCGAGAGCGAUUGCCUGGUCCAGAUGGCAAGGAUUGCUCAGUUGUGGUUGACCUCUGCGAUCCAAACCCGUGCGGAGCCGGCAACAAUUGCACGGUGAACGACGACUUCACCUGGACGUGCAACUGCGCAAAUCCGCUCUACUUUGGCCCAAAUUGCAAAUUUGUGCACAAGUGUGCGCAAGCCAAACCCAUUUGUUCCUAUGGUUCGACUUGUGUGGAAACGCCUGGCAUUGGUUCAGGAUCCACUUGUGAAUGUCUCACAAAUUACUAUGGAUCGAGUUGUCAAUAUCCCGAUCAGUGUGUGUAUGAGCCGUGUAAACAUGGUGUUUGUAGCAAUGUGCAGCGUGGACUCAACUCCACCUACCAGUGCAAGUGCGAAAAGGGAUGGUCGGGAAGCAUUUGCUCUGUUGAUAUCAACGAAUGUCUGUGCAAUCCGUGUCAAAACUUUGGCACCUGUUCCCAGGUUAAACCACCCGCCGAUCCAUUUUAUAAUUGUGCUUGUAUUCCGGGAACAACUGGGACAAACUGUGAAAUUAAUCCAAACGAUUGCCCCAAACAACCGUGUCACGGGAACGAGCAGUGCUCACCGUGCAAUGUAACCGAUCCGAAUGGGCUAUGCGUCGAUGGUUACAACGAAUGGAGUUGUCAAUGCUCUCCACAAUACACCGGCCCCCAAUGUGACAUCAAUAUAAUUAUCUACAAUGUGAUGAUGGACAUUUUUGGGCAAAUAGACGACGACAUGCUAUCGUUGUUAAACGAUUUGCUCUCAAAUCCGGCAAUGAUCAAAGAUAUCGUUCCAUUCAUUCUCGGUUUGGAAUCAAUGGAUAAUCGAACGGAGAUGAGUUAUACAUUCGACGAGAUGUUCGUGUGGGCUGCGUAUGAGGAGAAGACGCUGAAUGGAUCUCGAGACUUCUACGGUUUCAACGAUGUGGUGCUAGGCAAUUGCUUUACAUUUAAUCAUCGGCUCAAUGAGAAUCCUUACAAGAAAAGGAUGUUUGGAGAAACUCAAUACAGCCGUUUGGGUGGAAAGUACGGAGUUUGUGUGAACACGCCAAGUGAAGUGAAAUCGUUUUACUACGCUGGCGGAUACACGACUGAUGGUUGCAUUCGUUCUUGUUAUCAAGAUGCGGUGAUGGAAACGUGUGAGUGCAUGGAUCCACGUUUUCCGAUGCCUGAAGGAGCAAUUUCCUGUGACUUGAAAUCAAGAAAUUGUGUUGAUGGAGUGUCAAGUCGUGGAGAUCCGUCUCUCUGGCCCAGUUGUAAAUGUCCACUUCCUUGUUUCAACGAAUUCUACACAACAUCCACCAGUCAAAGUCCUUAUGUCACGAAUCAAGCUGCUUGCUGGGGAUUGCCCGACGACGAGGUCGGGAAUUGCACACGAGCUUUACAGGAUACGGUCAUCGUUGAAGUAACAGACACGGGCCUGGAUUUCCAACUCUUCGCAGAGACGCCGGCUGCAAGCGUGGCGCCGGGUCUCGGCCGAGCGCUGGCGAAUCUGGCCGCAGGAAACGAGUCCCCAUUUGAUUUGUCGGUGUUCAGCUUGAAGCGAUUCGAUCAACUCAAUCAACAC